GAAACAUUUCUGAGACAAUGCGCACAGCGAGAGAGUUAUGAGAAGUGUGGGUCUUUCUGGUACGACAUCGCUAGAACCGGGAUGCCAGAUCUCUGAGGGCAGCAUAAUACAGUUGCUCCACGUGGACCAAUGGAAGCCACAAAUGUUGUGAAGGAAGACCGAGCCAAUAGCGAAGACAAGAUGGAAACAGAGGUAUGCAUGUGGGAAUCAGAAAACUUGGAGCAGCCUUUACUACGGGACCAAUGGCGACGGAAACUUGAUUUCUUGAUUGCAUGCAUGGGAUUUUCUAUCGGACUGGGCAAUGUGUGGAGAUUUCCCUACCUGUGUUACAAAAACGGUGGCGGCGCAUUUCUCAUCCCGUACUUUAUAAGCGUUUUUAUGGCUGGCAUUCCACUCUUCCUUCUCGAGGUCACAAUGGGUCAGUUCAUGUCUCGCGGAGCAAUCGCUGCAUGGGACUUGUGUCCGAUCUUUCGAGGGCUUGGGUGUGCAAGCACGCUGAUCAACUUCAUGGUCAACUGCUAUUAUACUGUGAUUUUGAGCUGGGGUCUGCACUACCUGUUCGCUUCGUUCACCUGGGUACUCCCGUGGACAAAAUGUGAUCAGUGGUGGAACACCGCGAACUGCAGAGCAUAUCAACCUGGGGCGAACGAAAGUGACCAGGUGGCAAACGUUUCGGUUUCCAACGCAAACGUGCUGGCAUCGGAUCCGGCCACGGAGUACUGGGAAAAUCGAGUUCUCGGAUUAUCUUCUGGAAUUGAAGAUAGCGGUACCAUCCGCUGGGAGUUGGCCCUCUGCCUUCUGUUGGCUUGGUUGAUUAUUUUUCUAUGCAUUUGCAAGGGCAUUAAAACAUCCGGCAAGGUGAUGUACGUAACAGCCACCAGCCCAUAUCUCUUUAUGAUUAUUCUUCUCAUUCGUACGGCAUUGUUGGACGGUGCUCAGGAGGGGAUCAUCUACUAUCUUAAACCGGACUGGUCCAAACUGGCAGACAUGACUGUAUGGUCUGAUGCUGGGACGCAAAUAUUUUUCAGCUACGCCCUGAGUUUGGGUGCGUUGACCGCACUCGGAAGCUACAACACCUUCUACCACAAUUCCAUCAGAGAUUGUUGUCUUUUCGCAGCGGCCAACACAAUGACCAGUUUCAUGGCCGGAUUUGUGAUAUUUGCCACUCUGGGUUAUAUGGCCCACACUUCAAAAAUGCCCAUCUCUUUGGUUGCCGAGUCGGGCCCAGGACUGGCGUUCGUCAUCUAUCCAAAGGCACUGGGCACAAUGCCAGCCAGCCCUAUAUGGUCCAUUUGUUUCUUCUUGAUGUUGCUUCUUCUGGGAGUGGACAGUAUGUUUGGUGGUGUUGAAGGCUUCGUCGCGGCACUGGUUGACUUCUUCCCGCGCAUUCAUUCCAACUCGCGGCUACGAUGCACAGUCGUAGGAGUAGUCUGUUUAGUUUCCUACAUCGUGGGUUUGUCCAUGGUUACCAACGGUGGAAUGUACGUGUUCCAGCUGUUUGACUACUACAGUGGAAGCCGAAUCAUUGUGAUUGUGGGAUUCCUUGAGUCAGUUGCUGUUGGAUACUUCUACGGGGCACGCCGUUUCACGAAUCAUAUGCGGUGCAUGUACGGCAUUGCACUGGGCAUAAUCCCCACAAUCUUCUGGUGCGUCCUGACACCCGUCUUCACAGCGAUUCUGUUCGUGUUCAGUGCGAUAGUCUACGAAGAACUGACCUAUCGAAGGGCUGGACAGUUGAUUCCCUACCAAUUCCCAAGCUGGUCGGUCAAACUCGGUUGGUUCUUGGCUAGCUCCAGUCUGUUCCUCAUUCCCAUAACAAUGAGUGUGCAAGUUUUGCGCACACCUGGUUCUUUUUGUCAGCGCCUACGUUUUCUACUACAACCACAGCUGCCCGAAAGUGUUGUGCAAAGACUGGAAGAUUACAAGAGGACACGUUAGUCUUUUUUUGUUUAUUCUGCGAUGCGUAAGGAUGCCGGUCAAGCAGUUUUGUUCGGGGUGUAUAACAGACUCAACCCAGGUUGUGAGAGGUGAUCUGCGAUACCAAAAACCUCAAGUACCUCUGCCAUUUAUGACAGAGGACAAGUUCAUCAGUUGAAGUUGGACAGAAAGGAUGAGAUCCCGCGAAGAAUUACAAAC